AUGGAGUACCCUUAUGGGGCAGGUACAGUCAAGGUGAGUCCACGAACUUGCGAGCAGAGCCGGAACGCUUAAACUUUCAGAUAAUACCUGCCUCCGCCUUCCGAGAUGUUUCGCUCUAUCAACAACACUUUCCCUACGACUACGGACAGGUAAAUCGACAUCAUUUUUGUCAUCCACUUCCGUUUGCCACCUCUCUUUCUCUCUCUCUCUCUCUCUCUGCCUUCGCAUCGAAUCGAAAUCCUCUAAUCCGUGCAACUUUCGCCCCGUCGCUCCUUUCAUUUCAGUUUGUUCGUGUCGAGUGAAUGGCCCAACAGUUCAAUGGCCCUUCACUGCCAAAAGCCUCUAAUCCGACGUGGAAGGAGGCGGCCGCUGGGUGGAGAAAGAGCAAGUGUUAAGCGUGACAAGUGUUCUCGAGAGCCCGCCGGCCGCGCCCGGCGGUCACUCCUUCGCCCUUUCCCUUUCGUUCCGGAACCGUUUCGUCCCGCAUAUCAUCCGGCACACUUUUUGACCAAUGUUCCGUUCAUUCCGAACUUUAUUACUCGUCUUCCGUGCGCUUUCCCCUUCUCCUCUGUUCGUCGGGAAUUCGGUUGAGACAAUUCGGCUAAUUGUGUCUGUCUCCACUCCCUGCGACGACGUCGUCUUCGUGCUGCGUAUCGCCGACCGUAAAUUUACACUACCGUCCCUUUUACGAGCCAAUUUGCCGCCGAUGAGUCAAAACAAAGAGAAGAAGUUGAACGAUUCCUAAAUUCCUAAAGUCUCAUAUCAUUCCAUUUGGGAAUGACCAUUUUCCAGUAUAAAGUGGACAGAAGGAGAAGAAGAAGAAGAAGAGGAAGGAGGUGGUGGUGGACGAGCGGACAGAUGUGAUAAUGAAACAUGAUCCACACCGAUACGCCUAUCCUUAUUCUCACUUAGUCUUCUAUUUAUGGCAGAUCUGCUGACCAUUUCCCAUUGCAGUUUUGUUCAUUUUCAUCCGAUCCUUCUAGGCUUCCAUUCAAUCUUUAGAGAGAAUGUUACGUUACACCCUCUUGGAAAUGUGUGAAAAGCUCUCCGGAACUCUUUUUGUUUUUGUCUCUUCAAAAGCAUGCCAGAUGUCCAUCGUUCCGCGCCAGUGCCCUUUUCGAAACCGACCGAGUUCAAAGAUGUGUCUUCCUUGAUUUGUUUAGUGUGCUCACUGGCUGCUCGCCCCCGCAACAGUACAAGUCUUGUUGCGAUUUGAAUAUUUGCGCGGUGGGGCUGCCUGACGACAUACUUGACUGACUACAAGCCGAACUUCGCCCGCCUCAUCAUUCUCUCUUUCCGUCGAGUGCUCUGCUUUCCUUCCGAAAUUCCCCGUUUGAAUAUUUCGAAUGUUUCUUUUGUACUCGAUCCGCUUCUUAUCACACAUUUCCGUUCCGCGUUUCCUUAUCCCUUUUCUCUUUUGUUUUUUGCUCGUUCUCACACUUUUCGCUCGCAUUGAACACCAGGGGAUUCGGCGUGUUUACUGUGCAUUGUAGUCCGCCGGAAGGCUCGGACGAACUGGUUUCUUCCGAGGAGCCGCCAAUUCGAAUGUAUGUACCCAGAUGCCAUCUUUUCCAAUGCCACACACAUACGCACAUUAAUUUACACAUGUUAAAACCGAGAGUUGCGAGAAAUUAGGUCAAUUUUAACGGAGAGUCGUCAGAAUGAAAGAGGAUUAGGAAAGAAACGCGCUGAAUGCUACUUUGUCUAUUUUUGCAAUGUCAGUUAGGUUUUUAGUUUUAGGUAAUUGUCUGAAGCUUUUGUAAGGUUUUAACAUCCUCAAAUCGUGACGAUCUCGCUAUAAACUUGGUAACCGUCAGAACACCGUAACGUCUUCAUUCCGAUCCCACCCCAAUUAUCUUCCCUCCAACUUGUCUCUCUUUAUGCAAAUAGAGUGUUGCGUGUAGCUUAUCAGUGCACGAGCAGAUACUUGUGAGCCUCCAGCUUGUUGCAAACUCCGCCGCUUAUUUGCAUACACGCUCAGGUAAGCGGCCGGAGAAGAAGAAGAAGAAGACUUUUCGAAGGAGUAAAUCCCCGUUAUCAACUGAAUUUACCCAACUUUUUCCGAUGCUGAUAAUACUUAUCUCUUGUUUUGUUUUUUCCCUACAUUUGACUCUUUCCAGGAACCGUUGGGGCACCCAAUCAACGGUGCCUACUACAUGGGCGGUGUGUACAAUCCGGCGUACCUUCACGAGCCGUACGGUCAGAAUGGAUACAUAGGCGAGUAGAACUUAGUCAGUUGUCAUCAAGCCAACAAGUUUCGUUUCAGACCCAACGUACGGGGACACGCAGCAGCAGCAACAGCAGUAUCCGUACUACGGCUAUCCCAGUUACUCUCACUACAACUACCAGCCCGCUUCCGCCUAUCCGGGUGCCUAUGGGCCAUAUCCAGGGGCCUCUGGGGCCUACCGACCCUAUCCACAGCCUGCUCCCAGCCCGCCCAGACGAUCCCGGACGGCGCCUUCGAGACCUCGAUCGACAGCGCCGACGAUGGGAACGUUGGGAGCGGAAAGUCGGAGAGGACGGGGAGUCUCCGCAGAGGCAUUCGAUCGGCGACAGUUCAAAGCGUAUUCGGGACCAGCGAAGAAGCCGUUGCCAAUGUACAGAAAGAAAAGAGAGCCGCCGAUGGGAAGGUACCAGGAGACGGAUUUCGGGGGAGGAGGGCCGGAUCCGUUCACACCGUACAAUAGGAAUUAUUAUGGAGAAGUAGGACACAGAAGUGUAAGUUAUUUAACAGCCAACAAGAUAACGUUUUUUCAUUUCCAGCAACAGCAGCAGACAAUGACUCUUCGCAGGUUACGGCCCUUUUACGCGCCGUCCUACACAACGUAUCCACCGUCGACAAUGCAUCCGAAAAACGCGUUGAACAACAAAAACUAUCCGUUAUUCGCGAGGCUCGCAGCGAAAGCAGUCCAAGUGGUUAGUUAAUGGAAUAAGGGAUUCAGAUGACGGCGAAGUGCGUAUUUCAGAUCCUCGGAGUCGCAGUGAUCGGACUGGUGUUGGGGCCGAUGAAGGGCAACUCAUUCCACGAUUUUGUGAUCCGAACAAACACAGAAUGGCAGGGUAGGGUUCUGAUUGAGACUUCUCUCGCAAUUCCGAUAGUUUUCAGGACUAGUGUUAGGUAUUGCUGUUUCUUUUUCGUUCUUCUCGCUAGUGCUCGGAAUUACUUCAUGUUUCGCCAGCAAUGUGCACAUUUGGAAGAAAGUUGUGAGUCGUUCGGAAUACUUAUUCGCCUUAUGACUAUCACUUCCAGGACGGAUUGAUCUCCGCAGCAGGCGUCUUCUUCUGGCUGCUCGCCGGCUUCGUCGAAGCCUAUUACGCGGCUUGCUACCCUCCGAACGGGCCGAGGAUCAACCUCGUCUGCCAUCGUGCCGAAUGGAUCAUUGCUUGCGUACGUGCUCUCAAGCGACAUUCCCACUCAAAUGUGCUCGUUCCAGGUGCUCGCAUUCAUAAACUUCUUCGUCUUCGUCGCCGACUUUGUACUCUCCUGGAUGAACGGCGUCACGAUGCUCUGA